GGAGGGGGAUGGCGAGCCGGACGGGGUCAAACACCACGGACAGCCUAGAGCUGCUCUCUGUCCCCAAGCACUCCGUCGCCCAGGAGGUGCUGGGCCUCUUCUGCAUGAUCCUGCUCACCCUCACCGCUCUGGUGGCCAACAUCGUGGUGAUGGUCAUCAUCCUCAAAACGCCCCUUUUCAGGAAGUUCAUCUUUGUCUGCCACCUCUGUGUGGUCAAUCUCCUCUCAGCCAUUUUCCUCAUGCCUCUGGGGAUCAUCUCCAGCUCUUCCUGCUUCAACAGGGUGAUCUACAGCAUUGCUGAGUGCAAGGCCGUGAUAUUCCUGAAUAUCUGCUUUAUCAGUGCCUCCAUUCUCACCAUUUCUAUCAUCAGUGUGGAACGGUACUACUACAUUGUCCACCCCUUGAGGUAUGAGGUCAAGAUGACCAUCAGGCUGGCGGUGGCUGGAGUGAUUUUCAUUUGGGUCAAGUCCGUUCUCAUCACUGUAUUGGCACUGGUGGAGUGGCCUCACGGCAAUGGGGCCACCAGCGCCAGCCGCUGCACAGUCUACUGGAGCCCUGGAGCCCACAAGAAGGUUUUUGUGAUCCUCUUCAGCAUCACCUGCUUUAUUCUGCCCACCAUCAUCAUCUUUGCUGUCUACUCCAGCAUCUACCGCGURGCCAGGACUGCAUCCCUGCAGCAGGCGCCUGUGCCAGCACAGGCAGUUGUACCCAGACAGCGAUGUGACUCCAUUGCCAGCCAACUGACCAUCCUCACUGCCAGGAUCCUGAUGCUGCCCAGGCUGAUCCCAGAUCGUCUUCUGGGAAGCAACAAGGCCAUCCUCACCUUGGUCCUCAUUGUGGGACAGUUCUUGUGCUGCUGGCUGCCUUUCUUUGCUUUCCACUUGCACUCCUCUGUCCCUGUUGGCAUUGUGGGUGGUGGCCACGGGGAGAUGGUGGUCACCUGGAUUGCCUACUCCUCCUUUGCCAUCAAUCCUUUCUUCUAYGGGCUGCUGAACCGCCAAAUCCGUGAGGAGCUGGCCCGGCUCCGGCGCAGCUGCAUUAACCGUCCACUGGUUCAGGAGCUCUGCCUUUCCAUCUCAGAGGCUUCUGUUCAGGAAAACUUCUUGCAGUUCCUCCAGAGAGCAACUUGCACACUGGAGACCCACACCAGCUGCAUCAGCCCCAGUCCCAGGAAUAGGCUGGACCAGACCACAACGGGCUUCCCUGUCCCAGGGCAAGCUCCUSAAGAGAGCAGCUGAGAAGGCAGCUCUGUCCCACUGUGCUGGGCGGGAGACCUGCCAGGGAUCCAUCAGACCUGCUUGCACCAAUCUCGUGGAUUUGGAGGAGUCCUUGUUCAGGUUUUGCCUCUCUCUGAGCUUAUGGUGGAAGGUGGUUUCUCUGCCAGGAGAAGGGAGCAGAUCUGGGGAAGUCACAUCUCUCUCCUGCUGGCUGGAAUUGUCUCUGGCUCCGCCAGCACAGCCCAGUUCCACGGAUAGGCUCUCCUCAAGACACGGGAUACCAAGGGGCUCCUGCAUAGUGGCAGGGGAUGGACAUGUCCAUCUCCACUGCCCUGCUGGGAGCACUCCUGGCCAGCAGGGAAGAGCAGAUGUCCCUGGAGCAAUGUUCCAGCUAAUGCCACUAACACCAGUAACACCAGGGCCCCRAGCACCCUGCAGUCAUGGAGACCUCCAUCCUUGGCUGUUUAACCCUAAACUAACAUCUCUGUGGAGGAGCUCCUGCUUCCUGUGGUGCUGAUCAGGAGGACACACCCGCGGGGCUGGCUCUGGCUGUGUCACUGUUUGUCCUGCUGGCAUGGCAGCAUGCAAUGCCUGUGGCCGUGCCUGGCUGUGCCCUCUGUCCCCCUCAGCUGAGAGUGACUGCCCCCCUGUCAGGGGGGGACCUGACUGUCCAGGGGUCCAUGCCGGGCUGUUUAUGGACACAGCUGCCCAGCUGAAGCCCGGCCAGCAGUGCCACGUGCCGGCCAAACUGGGCUGCUGGCCAAGGGAACACUGGGGUGGACAUGGUGACACAGGGUUGGGGGGGGUGGCUGUGUGGGGUGCCCCAGGGCAGCAGCAGUCAGAGGGGAUCAGGAGCUGCUGUUCCCCUUCAGUCUCAUUGCUUUUGAAAGGUUUGGGGACCCUCACACRGGGUCCCCAGUGCUAGAAAGAGGAUUGGACCCGUUUGGGGAAUGCUGCACAUGUACAUUACCCUCAGCCAACCCACCAAGGGCCAGGAAUGGUGUUGGCAUUGUGGGUUGGAGGUGGCCCUACUUCAGWAGUAAUGCAGGCCUCUCUAAAACUGCAUUUUGGCCUCUCUAACUGCCCCAUGGCAGGGAGGGRGUUCCCAGAAGACACAGAGAGAUGGGGCUGAAGGCCAGCAUCCCCCUCUGGACACAGGGAUGCCCUUCCAGCCACCACCCAAGUACCCAGGAGCUGGGGUCACUCCUGCUCUCAUGGAAGUCUCCACCCAGGGUGUGGGAUAUUAUUAUUAUUGGUAUUUCCUUGUAAAUUUUAUCUUUUUA